AUGGGGCGCGUGGUUCAUUUAAAACACAAUCUAAAGGCAUGGCGCCACAUAACAAACAUUUAGCUUUGCCUUUGCAAUUCAACUUUAUUUAUGGAAUUGAUUUUCGCUUUUCAUCUUCUUGAAACAAGUCACUUAGUCGGCGUUUGGGUGGAGCGGGAUGCUGGCACACUUUGGCGGCACUAUGGAAGACAAAAAAGCGACUUUGAGUGUACCUUCCUACGGGCAUGUCAUUGCCAGCGAGAAAUGGAGAGACUCGUCCCUCAUUCAAAACUUGAAGGGUGGAGGUUUGAAAGUCCUUUUCGAGAAUGAGCUCGGCGUGGCAGAUUUCCUCCUUCCAAACAAGAGCUGCAUCCUUUACCUGUCCGAGUGUGACAUCAUAGCAGGCUCCACCUACAGGAGGAAGUUGGUCCGCUACAGGAAUGCCUGCAGCAACUUCCAGGAGCUUGUCCUUGUGGAAAUCACUCGCCUGGGAGAGCAAUACUUCUCCUCUGUUCAGAAGUUUGUUGUCUUUGAGCUGGGACUGAUGCUGCUGCCAGUCAGUGGCCAGACUGAGGCCUCUCAGUUGAUCGUUCAAAUGGUUCACGGAGAUGGCAGGGACAACCCGUUCAGGAGGAGAACUUCGUCUCGACUUUUGGACCCGCUGGUUCUGGCAUUGGUGCAGCAGGUUCCUGGGGUGGGCCGGGUCAAAGCUCUGGCUUUGCUUGAGCGCUUCUCCAGCAUCCAUCAGCUCUGUAACGCAGCGGUCUCUGACCUGGAGACGAUCGUGGGCCAGGCCACCGCUCAGAACAUCCACAACUUCUUCCACAAGUCCAAGGGAGCUGGAAGCUGACACUGGUUAAAAUUCUGGGUUCAGUUCAAGAACCGAGGAGCUAAUUAAUAUUUUCAGUUUCAGUCCUUCAGUCCCAUUUCUUCCAGCUCAUUUCUUCUUCAAUGUCUUCAAACACACUUUUUCUGACUUCCCAUAGGAGUGGCACAGCAGUUACUGGUUCAUAACAUUUUUGCUCUACAAGUCAAGUUAUUUAGUGUUUAAAGACCCCACCAUUUGGUUAAGAGCACUAGGACCCCCGGCCCACCAUCAGACAAUAGAUUAGGGGUAUUUUGUUACCUGACAGGGCUAAAAGUAUGAGCUCUAUGCAUCCAUGAAUCACAUUUGUGUGGCACACAAUGCCACCAGGGUGCAUGUAAAACUGAUUUUUUUUGUUUUUACUACUAUUACUACUCAAUACCCUCCACUCAAGCCUCAUUCGGACUCCGUCACUCACCCAUCAGUGUGUCAGAUCAUGUGAUGGGAGAACGAUGUGUGAUGUGUAAAGUGGAGCCUGUGGGCGAGUUUGCAUGUAAUUAUUACAGUGCCUAGGCUUGGAGAGGUGCUGACUGAGAUAAAAUAUUGAAAUUGUAUUUUUAUGAAGUGAUCGCCAUUUAACAUCUUAUGUCAUAUGCAAUUAAUGUGCAGAUUUACAAAUGAUGUUAACUAGAGAGUUCUACGACAUCCAAUAGCUACUUUUCUUACUGAAGAACAGAAAUGUUUUCACCCCUAAUACCUCUUUUUUAAUGAAAUCAAAUGGGCAAACGUUUACGAA